GGGUUGACUCGAGAAGUUCAAACUUUGGGCUGAUCUCUAGCUCGGAUUAUCAGCUGGGGGUCAGUCUCAGCUACUACCACAUCGAAGUUUGGCUCAGUGAACCAUGCAGGAUGAUUUACUGAUGGACAAAAACAAAGCCCAGCUUCAUCAGCACCAAGGUCCGAUCCAAGUGGACUCUCCUUCCUCCACGCCGACCCCGUCAUCCGAGCCCGCCGAGUCCGGGGGCCCGUUCGCCGGGAGCAGCCAGGCGGCUUCGCUCAGCACCACGCACAGAGUCCCCAUGGAGUCCCUGGUUCUGCCCGGGUUGAGCUUCCACCAGCAGCCGCCUCAGGAGACCCGAGGUCCAGGGGCCUCCUCUCCCUCCUCGUUCGGGAGCACCUGGUCCACUGGGACCACCAACGCGGUGGAGGACGGUUAUCUCCAGGGAGUGUCCUCCAUGAACGGAAACAUGCUUUUCCAGAACUUCCCCCACCAGGUCAACCCGGCGUUCGGGGGGAGUUUCUCCCAGCAGAUCAACUCGAGCAGGCCCCCGGUCAGCCAGGGCCCCUUCCCCCAGAGGAACGCUUAUCAGACCGCCAUGAACAACAGCAAGGGCUCCUCCUCCUCCUCGGCCUGGAACAACCACCAGAACGCAGCUUGGAGCUCCGCCUCCGGCCCCUGGAGUGGGCUGCAGGCAGGCAGGGACCCACGGCGGGCCGUGGGGGUCGGAAUGCCAUCGUCCCUGAGCUCCGUCUCCCCGAUGAAAAAGCCGUACUCCAGUAAUGUCAUAGCACCCCCCAAGUUCCACAGACCGGGUCCCCUGGCCCCCAAACCCUGGACGGAGGACGUGUUCCGGAGCGACGGCAGCAACAUUCUGCCCUUACAGGACCGGACUCGGCCCUUUGACCCCUUUAACUUGGUCUCUUUGGAGAAUUCCUUAAUGGACAUGAUCAGGACUGACCAUGACAAAGGAAAACCACACCCAGCCGGGGGCCCACCAGUGACCAUCGCUGACAUAAUAUGGAGGAAUCAUUUCGCAGGUUAG